AUAGAGGUACUUUGGAUGACGGAGAUGUGGCUAUCAAAGUGCUUCAAGUAACCGAAGAUACAAAACAGAAGGCUGAACGAGAAAUUACAACAAUGAGUACGGUUAAACAUGCAAAUAUCGUUGAAUUUAUUGCCGAAUUGUAUGAAAUACCAAUGCUUUAUUUGAUAUUCGAAUUCAUGGAUGGUCCAUCUCUACACCAAAUCAUACAUAACCACAAUGAUCAUAAAUAUACAAACGGGGAUGCCAUUAACUGGCUAACUCAAGCAGCCGAGUAUUUUAUACCUUUAUUAGGGCCUUAAUCAUCUGCAUAGCUUAACACCAAUGAUAGUGCAUCGUGAUGUGAAGCCAAAAAACAUACUCCUUAAUAGUGACAAGAGUAUUGUAAAGCUCUGUGAUUUCGGAAAUGUAAGGCCGCGUGGCUCUUGUAUGUCAAACGAGACUGGUACAUACCGGUAUAUGUCACCUGAAGUCUACAAUGGCGAGAGCUAUACCGAAAAAUGUGAUGUUUAUAGCUUUGCAAUCACCGCUUGGGAAGUCUACAGCCGGACGAAUGCUUAUGGAUCCGAUGAACAACGUGCUAUGGAACUUCUUACUAAGGUGUCCACUGAAGAUCUGCGACCAUCGUUAGAGGGCAUACCAGAGUAUACGCACAAAUUGCUGGAAAGGAGCUGGAGUCCCGAGCCAAAAACCCGACCGACCAUGAAAGAAAUUCUGGAAGAAUUAAAGAAAACUGAUUUCUGUGAAAAGUCUAUUAGGCAGACAUUCAUAACUGCUGUCAGCCCAAGCUGAAUAAGAGAACCAUAUGUUUCAUUUUGAUUUAUCUUAUACUAAAAAGUGUCUUUUUGUAUCUAUCGUAUAUUCAUUAAAUAUCCCCAACUCAACA